UCCGGUUUUGGUUUUCCUCCGGCGCUGAAGCUAAAAAUUAAAAAGGUAAAAAUCCAGUUUUGGUGUAAAAUGUGUGAGAAGAGGCGCAGACUCAGAGCUCUGGUCACGGAGAGACUCUCUGCGGCCGCGGACGAGAUCUGUGCUCUGCUGGAGACGACGAUAGCGGAAUAUGAAGAAGAACUGCGCCGCUCCAGAGAGGAGAACCAGAGGAACCAGAAGAACCAGAGGAACCAGAGGAACCAGAGGAACCCGGAGCUCCUGGACUCGACUCUGCGGCCUCAGGUGCAGCUCCACAGGUUACCGGAUUUUCUUUGCGCGGAAACGGUGAGUCACGGACAACUUUUGGUUAAAACUGAACCAGAGGAGCUGAGCCUCGUGCCAGAAUUGAACCUUCAACCCACGCGGAGCCCGUACGUCCACGUGAAAGUGAAAGACGAUGCUCCGGACGCCGACUUCAGGCCAGAACGACCGAUCGCGGAUGAGAAUGAAACAGCCCUGCACCCGGAAGAACCGAUCACGGACGAGAACGAGAUUAAUCGGCUCCGGUACGAACCGAAUCGUUUCAGUUUCAAGAGUGGAGUGUCCCUGCCCGAAGAAGAACUCAUCAUGGACGAGAACGAAACUGUUGAACUCCUGAAUGAACCGAUCCAUUUCAGUUUCAAGAAAGAAGAAGCCCUGCCCCAAAGAGAAACAAACAUGAACGAGAAUGAAACUGUCCGGCUCCCGAAUGAACCGAUCCGCUUCAGGUUCAAGAAAGAAGAAGCCCUGCCCCAAAGAGAAACAAACAUGAACAAGAAUGAAACUGUCCGGCUCCCGAAUGAACCGAUCCGCUUCAGGUUCAAGAGUGAAACGGCCCUGCCCCAAAGAGAAACAAUCAUGGACGAGAGUGAAUCUAUUGAACUCCUGAAUGAACCGAUCUAUUUCAGGUUCAAGAGUAAAGCGACUCUGCCCCAAGAAGAACCGAUCAUGGACAAGAGUGAAUCUGUCCGGCUCCUGAAAGAACCGAUCCGUUUAAGGUUCAAGAAAGAAGCGGCCCUGCCCCAAAGAGAAACAAACAUGGACGAGAACGAAACUGUUCAACUCCUGAAAGAACCGAUCCGUUUCAGGUUCAAGAGUGAAACGGCUCUGCCCCAAAGAGAAACAAUCAUGGACGAGAGUGAAUCUGUUGAACUCCUGAAUGAACCGAUCCGCUUCAAGUUCAAAAGUGAAGCGGCCCUGUCCCAAAGAGAAACAAACAUGGACGAGAACGAAACUGUCCAACUCCUGAAUGAACCGAUCCGUUUCAGGUUCAAGAAAGAAGUGGCCCCAAUCCAAGAAGAACUGAUCAUGGACGAGAACGAAACUGUCCAACUCCUGAAAGAACCAGUACGUUUCAGUUUCAAGAAAGAGGACCGAGAGCAGCCGGAGCGAAUUCCAGUAGAAGACGAGGGCGAGGACGAGCCGAGCUUCGAUCCGAACCUGCCGCAAACCUCGUCCUCCGCCCCGGGACCGAACAGCCGCCUGAAGACCUGCCCCAUCUGCAACAAAACCCUGAAACGAGACCUGUGGAGCCACGUCCUGCUGCACACCGGAGAGAGACCUUACAGGUGUUCGGUCUGCAAGAAGGGCUUCACGCGGAAGAGCUCGCUGUACAUGCACCGGAUCCUGCACAUGGAGGUCAAACCGUUCCACUGCGCGGUCUGCGAUAAACGUUUCGCGCAGAACUCGCAGCUGAAGGUGCACCGGUGCGUUCACGUGACGCGGCGGCGCAGGCAGAAGGAACGGACGAGGAUCAAACACGAGAACAACGGCAAACAAAACGAGCAGCGGAAAGAAAGUCCGGAGUGAGAGAGAAACUCGAGACGCCGGGAAGAUCCGAGGGUCGGUCGUUUAUUCGAUUUUCAAAAUAAAAACAAAAAUAAGAAAACGAAAAAACCGACGAUUUUCUUCAUUAUUUGUCUCCAAAACCAAAAUGAAAAAACGGAUAAAGAUUUGUUUUUUUUUUUUUUUUUUCUUUUUCUUUUUUUUUUGAUUUUGGGUUUAAAUGAAAAAUGGAAAAAAAGGAUAAAGACAGUUUCCAGUUUCUGUAAAACUGCAAUACUGGACUAAACCAGGACUAAACAAGAACUAAACCAGGUCUAAACUAGGACUAAACCAGGACUAAACCGGGACUAACCCUGGACUAAACCAGGUCUGAACCAGGACUGAACCAGGACUAAACUGGGUCUAAACCAGGACUAAACCAGGUCUAAACCAGGACUAAACCGGGACUAACCCUGGACUAAACCAGGUCUGAACCAGGACUGAACCAGGACUAAACUGGGUCUAAACCAGGACUAAACCAGGUCUAAAUUGGGUCUAAACCAGGACUAAACCAGGACUGAACCUGGACUGAGUGUCAGGACGGGCUCGGAGUUGCACCUGUGUAGUCGGGUGAUCGGGACUGAGACCGGGACCAGUCCUGGUCUAGUCCCAGAAUCAUUAUCCGUUAUCUGUUUUAUCAUUUUGGUUUUGGAGACAAAUAAUGAAGAAAAUCGUAGUUUUUUUUUUUUUUUCGUUUUAUUAUUUUUUGUUUUAUUUUGAAAAACGAAUGAACAAAUGACACUCAGAUUCUGGAGGAUGAACCAUGAAACCUUCCUGAAGUCACUGGAUGGACGGACAAAGUCUGGACUUCAGCGACACCGAAACCAUCCUGUCGAGAUUCAGAAAGACCAGAAUAAUUCUAACUGGAACUAGAAAUGUAACAAAAACUGAAAAAUCGUGAUAUCGUAUCGUCAAAAGUCUCAAUAAUAUCGUGGACUGUCACAAUUUAUCGAAUCACAAGUUUCUUUUGCUUAAAUUCAUAGUUUUAUAAAACCAACAGCUUAUAAACUACAUUUCCCAUGAUUCAUUUCAGCGCAGAAAACAUGAAGAGACGUGGGUUUAACUGAAUUCUUGGGAUUAUGAUGGAAAUAAUUCACACCAAAAUCUUGUCAAGGUGUUUUAAAAGUAAAAAAAAGUCUCACAUCUACAGUUAUUAUUAUUCUCUCCAAAAUAUCACAAUAAAUAUCAGAUCGUGAGAUUUGGAACUAGGGACGUAACAAUAACUGAUAAAUUGUGAUAUUGUAUCUGGGUGAUAUGGAGCAAAAAAUAUAUCUGGAUAUAUUUUGCUGUAUCUUGAUAUACGAUAUAAAUCUCGAUAUCUGUACAGGAAAAAAAAUAAAUUACCCAAAAACUCCUGCAAAAACAAAUAUGCCAAAUUCAACGAUGUCUUUUUUUUAUUGAAGCGCAAAGAGGUCGGCAGUUCAUGUGGGAACAAAGUGCUUCUGCCACAUUUAAGAUUACAAAAAAAAAACUUAUUACGUAAAUAAUAAUUUAACUGUAAAAUAAAAGAAAUAAAACAUGUGUAGCAUCCCGGUUGAAAUGAUGGUCUCAUACACUGAUCCAAUUCAAUCCACUUUAUUUCUGUCGCACAUUUCACAAACAAACUGUUUCCAAAGUGCUGCACAAAUACAUAAAAAUAACAAUAAGAUGAUAAAAUAAACUACUAAAAUAAUACUAGUCUUAAAAUAAAUAAAAAAACAGUAAAAUAAAAUAAAACCAGUAAAAUAAAAAAUAAAAAAAAUCAUAGAAUAGAAAUAAAUAAACCAAUAAAUAAAUAAAUUAAAUCAGUAAAACCAAUAAAAACACAUAAAAAAUAAAUAAAAGACACAGAGGAGCAGACAACUCCCGCGGUGUUAAAAACCAGAGAAUAAAAGUGGGUCUUCAGACGAGACUUAAAAUCUGAUUGUUCACAACUUUUAUUUUUGGGCCUUGUUUGUGAACACACCGUAAGAAGUACAAAAGAGUGAAAUAAAAAACAAUUAGCUCUCAGUGUACCUUUUACUCCUUUUAACCUUUCAAUCAUUUAACCAUUUAUGACAAUCUCCAGUCUGAUCAAUAAUUACUAUUUCUCGACAACAAUUCUCAUAAAACCUGAACCUUGCUAUUAAUCUGUAUUGUACGACAGAGUAUUAAAAACAAAAACAAAAAAAGAUGCAGGAGCUACGAGAAUAAAGUCGUAAUAAAAUCAAAGUCAAAGUGAAAAAUGCGGCAGAAGAAGAAACUUGUUUUUCAAAAUAAAACCAAAAAUAAGAAAAUGAAAAAAAACAAAACAAUUUUCUUCAUUGUUUGUGCCUCCGGACUGAACCAGGACUAAACCAGGACUAAACCAGGACUAAACCAGGUCUAAACCAGGACUAAACCAGGACUAAACAAGGACUAAACCAGGUCUAAACCAGGACUAAACAAGAACUAAACCAGGUCUAAACUAGAACUAAACCAGGUCUAAACCAGGACUUAGACCGGGACGAGAC